AGGCUGGCAAUUCUGGUGACGUAGCUUUCAUGCCUUGCAGUUGAGAAGAGAUCAUCGCAGUGAUUAUGGCGAGAGGGAGCCGGGGACUGAGGAAAGCGGUAGAAUGUAUAAAACAAUUGCCGGUUACAACCAGCCGAGAAACACCUACAAGGAAUGGAUUGAGGCUUUCAGGAAAUUCCUUCCCAUGUUUGACCGGGUGCUAGUGGAGCGUCUGGCUGCGGAGACUAUGUCAAAGGGGGGCAUCAUGUUGCCAGAGAAGGCCCAGGGCAAGGUUCUGCAGGCCACAGUGGUCGCAGUGGGACCAGGCUCCACAAACCAGGAUUUCUACAAUUGGCCGGAUGAAUCCUUUGAGGAGAUGGACAGCACUCUGGCUGUACAACAGUACAUUCAGCAGAACAUCCGGUCAGACUGCUCUAACAUCGAUAAGAUCCUGGAGCCUCCAGAGGGACAGGACGAGGGAGUGUGGAAGUACGAGCACCUCAGGCAAUUCUGUCUGGAGCUGAAUGGACUAGCUGUGAAACUGCAGAGUGAGUGCCACCCAGACACCUGCACGCAGAUGACUGCCACAGAGCAGUGGAUCUUCCUAUGUGCUGCACACAAAACCCCCAAAGAGUGUCCUGCCAUUGACUACACCAGGCACACGCUGGACGGAGCUGCCUGCCUUCUCAACAGCAACAAGUAUUUCCCCAGCCGCGUGAGCAUCAAGGAGUCCUCUGUAGCCAAGCUGGGCUCUGUGUGUCGCCGUAUCUAUAGGAUAUUCUCUCAUGCCUAUUUCCACCAUCGUCAGAUAUUCGACAAGUAUGAGAAUGAGACGUUCCUGUGCCAUCGGUUCACACGCUUCGUGAUGAAGUACAACCUGAUGUCCAAGGACAACCUGAUCGUUCCUAUCCUGGAGGAGGAGGUCCAGAACGCUUCAGCCGGGGAGAGCGAGGCCUGAGAGGAGAGCUGCUCACAGGAGACCAGACGUGUAUUCAAAUACUGCUUGAUUGAGCUUGCCUGUUGCAAUGGAACCAAGAGAAGUCCCACAUGUGCAAACCCCACCCAUCUGGCACUCUAAAGCAAAUGCUCAAAGUAUUUGAAAGAUUUCAGAUAGUAUUUGAACCAAUGAUUUUUAUAUACACUAGACUGACAGGGGGCGCUGUUUUGAAGCCACCGCGCCCCCCAUCUUGGCACCAUUGUAAAAAAAUGUCUACAAUUGUUUUUGCUACAUUUACUCUAUUACAGACAGCUACAUGCAUAAUUUGUAAUUGUGUGAGCUAAAAGUUAAAAAAAUGUAAUUUUAAACAUCCUUAAAAGUACUAAUGUUACUGGCCCCGCUACAACAAUAAUACUUAAAUAAAUGUAAUUUUGUCCUUGAAACAUUCAAGUGGAAUUCCUUUAAUUCCUAUGGACUGCCAAUAUGGCCGACCGGUGGCUUCAAAGCCUCUCAUUAGCCAAUGCAUCAGCAAUCCAAAGUUUAUAUACAUCAUUGAUUUGAACGCAGGUCUGAAACAGCUACACACUACAGACAGGCUCUCACUACUUGCUUUAACAUUUUAAGCAUCUGGAUUUGCUCAACCUACAUAAAAACAAUGUGUUGAUGACAAAGGCACACACUCAUGGGCUCCCUGUAUAUAACCUCUGCUCUCCCAUGUCCCCCUCCAUCUUGUUUUCCUGGUGCUUUAUAUUCUCUCUGCCUUUGUUCUCUCUCGCUGAAUUGUAAAUGGAACCCUUGCCACUCCUGUAGAUCUGAGAGGAUUGGUGGAAAAAUGCAGACAUUUCCAUGCAGCCCAUUGGAAGGCAAGAUGAAGCUAUGACUAUAAUGCUUCUGUAUCCAAUCUGCCCAAAUGUACAGGUGUGUGUAGGGUUUAGAGGCUACGGAUCCAUUUGUGGUUCAGAAUCUCUGCUUUUGUUGCUCUGAGUACAUACCUCCGUCACCAUUUACCCUCCCCCCCGUCAUUAAGUUAUUUUGUGAGAGGAGUCUUGUCUAUCUGGCCCACUUUUCAAUUUUCCUUUUUUAAUGAACUGAAUUUAUUUUUUACAUUUUCAUGAUGUCUGUUAAUAAAAAAAGACUGUUACCCAA